AACUAAUAUUUCUUCUUCCAAUUUUUCACUUUUUUUUUUCUCUAAGUUCCCAAUGGAUCCCUUUCUCAAUACUCUUCAUAUGUUAGAUGAAGAUUAUGUUGAUCAUGAGGAUCUUAUGAUAGAAGCAAUGGCCCUACAUAUACAACCACAUGCAGCCGAGGGAGCAUUUUCUUCACGUUGUCCUAAUUCUCAACCUCGUAUGUUCAUCCAAUGCAAUCCACAUGAAAGCCUUUGGAAGGUUGAGACUCAUGAUGAUUAUUUUGUCCAAAAGAGAGACGCUAGUGGGAGGCUUGGAUUGUCUUCCCUUCAAAAGAUGACCAUGGUAAUUAGAAUGCUCGCAUAUAGGGUAACAGCAGAUCUUAUGCAUGAGUAUGUAAGAAUUGGAGAAAGCAUUACACGAUUGAAUAUGAAGAAAUUUGUAAAGGCGAUCGUGUCAAUCUUUGGGGGUGAGUACUUGAGGUCUACAACCAGAAAUGAUAUAGUGAGGUUACUAGAAGUUGGACAAAGGCGUGGGAUUUUAGGAAUGUUGGGUAGCAUUGAUUGCAUGCACUAGAAAUGAAAGAAUUGUCCUAGUGCUUGGAAAGGUAUGUAUUCUGGUCAUAUAAAUGAACAAACUAUUAUUUU